UGGACUCCAAGCGGCGGGGCAUGGAAGAGAUGCCGUUAUCGAUAAGCGCAUGGGCCACACAUUUUGACCGACACGACGCGUCGAAACACGCGCAUCGCGAUCAGUUCGCCAGACUGAGACCUCAAGACAUAGAAUUCCCACACAAUGGCUUCCGGACAGCGGAUCCGCAGCCGGCCGGCCCACACACCAGGCUCAACCUAUUUGGCCUAUACGCCUAAUGGAAAGCAACUCAUUACCGUCGGAGUCGAUAACUUUUGCCGUAUCUUCACUACCGGAUCCACCGACGAACCCGUUACGGUCGACGACUGCCAGGAGAAUAAUACGGCUAUUGUCGCUGGCAAUGGCUUCUUCAUCGCCGGCUCAGAAGAUGGGACGGUAUGCAAGUACUCGUUGGAGACCAACAAACUGGACGAAAUCCUCGUGAGAACAUCUCUGCCAGUAAGAGAUGUGGCAUUAAGCCCGGACGGCAACUGGGUCGCUGUUGCUAGCGAUGAGAUCGUAGUCAAGGUGGUCAACACCAAGGACAUGACCCAAGUCCAAUACCUUCGUGAACAAGGCCGAGCUGUAAAACACGUCGCCUUCGACCUCAGCGGAUCCCGCCUUGCUGUCUCAUGCACUGACGGCAACAUAUACAUGUAUUCUCUCAGCUCCGAAGAGCCAAAUAUGAUCAAAAAGGUGGGCGGAUUGAUUAAGAGCCUGGAAUCCGACGCAGAGGCGAGUGCAAAAGUCUUGUGGCAUCCUGACGGAAGAGCUUUCGGCGCACCCACCGCCGGACGCGAUAUCCAGGUCAUGUCCAGUGAUUGGGAGCUUCAACGAGCAUUCAAAACUGGUCAUUCAGGCGAUAUCACCGCUGCUGCAUGGUCGCCUAAUGGAGGGCUGCUGGCUACCACUUCGAGCGACCUGAGCUUGUGCCUAUGGGAUACGAAGACGCAGGAGCUGGUAAAGAAGUUGGACGACCUAAAAGCCACCGUGCUGGCCAUGGCGUGGCAUCCUGCAGAAAACAUCCUCUCAUACACGAACAACGACGGAGAGCUGUUCAUACACACAGACAUAGUUCCAGCUGAGCACGUCGCUCUCCUUGCGAAACCCGUCCAACCAGCGCCAUUCUUACAUGAUCCGUCAGAAGGGUCGAUAGGGAACGCGACCAAGCCGCAGAACGGCGCUCGAAUCGAUCUUCCAGAGCGCCGGCAUCGACGAGCGAGAACUCCCGACUCCCUCGAUGACAUUCUCGGCCCUGAUGAUGCCCUUUCCGAGGACGGCCUGGACGACUUCGUUGUCGACGACGACGGUGCAGGUUACGCCCCUGCCAUCAACGGCAACGGCAAACGUACGAAUGACCACCUAAACAUACACUCGCCAUCCGGUAAAAGGCGGACCUACACUUCAUCAUACCUGCGUCCCCAGCCCCACGAAGCCUUCCAACCGGGCAGCACCCCCUGGCGCGGCAACCGCCGCUACCUCUGCCUCAACCUCACCGGCUUCGUCUGGACCGUCUCCCAAGAAUCCACACACAAUACCGUCACCGUGGAAUUCUACGACCGCGAAUUCCACCGCGACUUCCACUUCACCGACCCCUUUCAAUACGAUAAAGCCUGCCUGAACGAGCAUGGCACUCUCUUCUCGUGCCCGCCUUCGAAAGAGAAUAACCAACCCGCAAUGAUUUACUACCGUCCCCACGAAACGUGGACCACGCGAGCGGACUGGCGUACAAGUCUUCCAAAGGGCGAAUCCGUCACCGCCUUGGCUCUGAGUGACAGCUACAUCGUGGCCCUCACUUCCUCAAUUUACGUUCGCGUCUACACGCUCUACGGCAUCCCCCUGCGCGUGUAUCGGCAAAAGGCGUCUCCGGCAGUAACCUGCGCGGCAUGGCGCGACUACGUCCUCACCAUUGGCAACGGCCCUGUUUCCAGCGACGGCACCUGUACGCUGUUGUACACGAUUGAAAACGUAAAGAGGGACGAGUUAUUCCAAACCGAAGACAUCGUCGCCCUGACCCCCGGCUCGACACUCUCCUCCGUCUUCUUCUCCGCAGAAGGGGACCCCUACAUCUACGACUCGACAGGCGUGCUCCUCACGCUCCUGCACUGGCGCACACCCGGUCAAGCCCGCUGGGUGCCCCUGCUCGACACCGCGCUCCUCCCCCGCCUAGCCGCGGGAGGCAAGCAGGAAUCGUACUGGCCCGUCGCCGUGGCCAACCAUCGCUUCCACUGCAUCAUCCUCAAGGGCCAGGAGAAGCACCCGUAUUUCCCGCGCCCCAUCCUGUCGGAAUUCGACUUCCAGAUGCCCAUCACGGGGCCCAAGGACGCCGAGGAUGGCGAAAGGGACGUCGAUGCCAUGGAUGAAGACUCGGACGAUGAGGAGGGAGGAGGGGGAAGUAGUAGGAAGAAGAAGGAGGCGGGCGACGAGGUCACCGCCCUCGAACACACGCACAUCCUCACUUCCACAUUGCACACGCAGCUCCUGUCUACACUGUCCCACACGCGUCCCACGCAGACGCAGAAGGCAGCUCUAGCGCAACUCGAAGUCACCAUCGAUCGCACGCUCCUCCAGAUGCUGGGCCUGGAGUGCCUGGCGGGCGAGGACCGCGGGAUGAAGGCGUUCGAGAUUGUGAAGCUGAUGCGUGAUUCUAAUGGCAAGAUGUUGGAUUUGGCCAUGAAGGUGGCGACGAGGUAUGGGAGGGAGGUGUUGAGGGAGAAGAUUGCAGAGUUGGCCGAGAGGAGGGCCGUGGGGCUGGAUGCUGGGGAUGAGGAGCUCGAGUAGAUAGGUGAUAGUUUAGGUUUUGAAUGGGUAAUGAAUUAAUGAAUGGUUCUUGAAUAGCAGACGGACUACAACAGGGGAUGUUUUGACUAGUUUAUAUUGGGGUGCGCACACUCGGGCAACAGC